CUCUCUCUCCCCCUGUAUUUUUCUAUAUUCUGCUAUGCGCCUGUAGGACUUCAGUAACUGGAGACUUUGUUGCUCAGGAGCGAAGACGAAAAUGGAGAAAGUACACACUGGAAAAUGCCCCCAAGAAGUCUGGUUUGGCAUCCUUAUCUCCUUUGCUUUGUGUUUUGUCUUGUUUUCCUUUGAUCAUUCCACUUCUUUGAGUGUUGAUGUUUUGGUGAAUGAAAAAGAAAACCCAAUUCGAGUUUUGAACUUUAGCCACACCAAAGAUUCGUGUUCGGAUCGAUACAUUUACAUUCACGACAGUCUUCCCGCGAGAUUCAACGACGAUUUCAUCAACAACUGUGAGUCUCUUAGUGCCGGAACUAGCAUGACUAAUGUCCCAAACAUGUGUCCUCACCUUGUUAAUUUGGGACUCGGUCCUAAAAUUAACAACUCCGACGGUGUUUUAUCGAACGCGGGCUGGUUCGUCACAAAUCCCUACUUGUUGGAAGUCAUAUUCCACAACAGGAUGAAGAAGUAUGAGUGUCUGACAAGAAACUCAACUCUUGCUUCAGCCAUUUAUGUGCCGUUCUAUCCUAGCAUGGAUGUUGGUGUCCAUCUGUGGGAUUCCAACAUCGAAAUCAGAGACUCUUCGGCUAAGGAGUUUGUCAAGUGGCUUUCGGGACAACCCGAGUGGACGAAGAUGUGGGGGAGAGACCAUUUCUUUGCUUCCGGGAGGAUUUCUUGGGAUUUCAGGAGGGAAAGAGACAAUAGUUCGAAUUGGGGUAGCAAACUCAGGUUCUUGCCCGAGUCUUUGAACAUGACUAUGUUGUCAAUCGAAGGAAGCCGAUGGAAAAAUGACGUUGCAAUUCCGUACCCAACAAACUUUCACCCUUCCAACGACAGCGAGGUGGUUCAAUGGCAGGACAAGGUGAGAAAGGAAGAAAGGCCUUAUUUAUUUACUUUCGCCGGUGCGCCGAGGCCUAACCAGGAAGGUUCUAUCCGGGGAAAACUUAUCGAACACUGCCAAGCUUCGACUAAUUGCAAUUUCUUACAUUGCACUGAAAAAAUUUGUGGCAACCCGAUUACUGUUAUGAGGGCGUUUCAGAGCUCAGUUUAUUGUUUGCAGCCUGCAGGGGAUUCAUUCACUCGGAGAUCAACUUUUGAUGCGUUUCUGGCUGGUUGUAUCCCCGUUUUCUUUCAUCCUGCUACCGCAUACACUCAAUAUUUAUGGUACUUGCCCAAGAAUCAUACCAAGUAUUCGGUGUAUAUUCCGGUGAGGGAUGUAACAGAUUUGAAAGAAGGCAGCAUUGAGAAAAUCUUGCUCGGAAUUUCAAAAGACAGGGAAUUGGCAAUGAGGGAGGAAGUUAUAAGACUAAUUCCGAAGCUGGUCUACGCAGAUCCCAGCUCAAGAUUAGAGACCAAAGACGCGUUUGAUAUAGCUGUGCAGGGAAUUCUUGAGAGGAUUGAGAAUGUUAGGAAGGAGAUCAGAGAGGGGAGAGAUCCUAGUAUUGGUUUUGCAGAUGAGGAUAAUGGUAAGGUCACAUUUCCAAAGACUAUCGAAAGCCUGAAUUGAUUGAAUGCCGCGGAUGCUGUGUAAAAACAAAACGAUUGCAAAAUAAUGCCGGCUGUUACUUCUGAGGUGCUUGCUGCUGCAACCCGAUCACAGCUGAGCUUAGAAAGUUAUUCCAGUUCUUACAUGUUAUUUGUCUUUCCAGGUUGCUUUCGGAUUGCUUGUCUAGUAAAUUUAAAUUACUGUAACACGGGUUGUCGGAACCCUUAAGUUUAGUUUAGAGUAGAAAUAUCGAUUGUAUUAAAAUCAAUAAAAAAGAUAUUUGAAAGGUAAA